AUGUGCAGAGUCUGGUCCCUUCCUACCAGGAGCGUCCCUGGUUCAUUCACCCGCUCCAUUAUCAUCCCUCGCUCGCUAUCAACGACUGGACGUUGUAUGUGUUCGCACGCGUUGUUUGGAUUCUUUAGAAACGAAACGGCGUCUGUCCAGACCUGUCCGUACUCCACCGAUCUGCUGGCCGAAGUGUCUCACUGCGUGUUUCCGUGGUGGGCCGUGUUUGCGACGAUCCUUCCCGCGAUUCCGUACACGAUCUUGGUGUAUCUGGAGGACAACAUAACGAGCGGACUCAUCGAGAAACCGGAAAACAAUCUGAAGAAAGGGGGUCCGUACGACUAUCUGGACACUACGAUUACGGCGGUGAUCACGCUCGUCAUGUCGUGUCUGGGCAUGCCGUGGGUGAGCGCGAUGUACAUUCGGUCGUUCUACCACCUGCAGGCGCUGUCGGUGAUCGAGGACGUCUACAAGCCCUACGGCGUCUUCGACGAACGAUUCAUCGAGGUCAGCGAGACGCGGGUGCCCGGGAUCGUGCUGGGCGUUCUCUUCUACUGCGUCUUCUUCUUCGAUCGAGCCUUGUCCGUGAUCCCGGAGGCACUCUUCUACGGACUUUUGCUGUACAUGGGAGCGUCGCUCUUCAUCUCGGAUGGAUUGUUCCCCGGAAUCCGACUCAUCUUCAUGGACCGGAAUCUCUACAUUGACGACUACAGAAAGAGAGUUGCACUGCCUCUGCGAAGAAUUAACCUCUAUACCAUCGUCCAAGUCCUGCUCCUCGUCGUUUUAUUCUUUCUCAAAUCUUCUGUUAAUACCGCAGUGCUGUUCCCACUCGGACUUAUGGCGCUUAUUUAUGUAAGAAAGUACACUCGCAUUCACUCGUCGUUAUGUCUUUUUAGGUACAUACUACCGUAUAUCUUCUCCAAGCAAGAAUUGAAUCUCUUGGAUCCCAUUAAACAGCACUCUCAUUAUGACUUUCUUGUUUGUUCCUCACAUUCCUUUUACUCUUCUCUACAAAUGUCGCCACCCUCGAUCUCUAUUGAUAUACAAAAUGGAGAUAUGAUUAAUGAUGUCCAGCUAGACUAUUAUUCCAAAUUACUCGCCACUUGCUCUUCAGACUGUACAAUUCGUAUUUAUUCAAUGAAUCAGGAUGUUCCUGAACUCCUCUUUACUUUGAAGGAACACUCCGGACCUGUAUGGAAAAUCGCAUGGUCUCAUCCGCGUUAUGGAUCUCUUUUGGCUUCUUGUAGUUAUGAUGGAAGUGUGAAGAUUUUCAAAUUUGAAGACACUUCCUAUUCGGUCGUUUACACAUAUGAAGGACAUAAAGCAUCUGUGAACUCUGUGUGUUGGUCGCCUUAUGAAUAUGGUGCUUGUCUCGCAGCGGUAUCGAGCGAUGGUUCUAUGUCGUGUAUAUAUCAGAAGAAUGAAUGGGAAUGGGGAACAACCCAAACGAUGAUUUGUCAACUGGGCUGCAACUGCAUCAGCUGGGCUCCAUUCCGUCCGGGCACGUCGGAAAACGCGAAUAUUCUGCGCGUAGCGAUCGGAGGCGGCGAUGGGUAUGUGCACAUAAUGGAAUGUGGACAAUCGGUCGAAAACGGGUGGGAAUUCGAGUCGAAACUGAGAGGACAUAAAGAUCGAGUACGAGAUGUGGCGUGGAGCCCGCAGAUCGGUGAUUCGACGGAUGUAAUCGCAUCGUGUGGAAGAAGCAAACAAGUACUGGUUUGGACGCGGAAAUGUGGUAAAACGUGGAAACAAAGUCUGAAUAAAAGCUAUUCGGAAGCAGUAUGGAGAGUAAACUGGAGUGUGAAUGGAUGUGUGCUAGUUGUGAGCUACGGCGUAGACGGAAUUGAUAUGUGGAAAGAAAGGCUGGAUGGAACGUGGGAAAAUGGUACAAAUGGAAGUGUCGAAAAGGACUGAUGGAUGAAUGGGGAAUUGGUGGAAUGUAGAGAAUACACAAUAGGAUGAAAUAGAGAUAGAUAAAUAGUUGGAAGGAGGAGAGAGAAAAAAGAAAAAGAAAGAAAAGAAAUAGAA